AUGUCGAAUUCAAACACAGCUGAGACCAACGUCUCGCAGCAGCCUGCUCAGCAGAAGCAGAACCCUCCUGUGCUCGAGGAGGAUGACGAGUUUGAAGACUUCCCAGUUGAGGAUUGGCAACAAGAGGAAACCGAACAAGCUCAAGGCUCGACGACAACAACCAACGGCGCUAACACGCACUUGUGGGAGGAAAGCUGGGAUGACGAUGACGAGAGCGAGGACUUUUCAAAACAGUUAAAGGAGGAGAUAAAGAAAGUCGAAGGUGCCAAAUAG